AUUUUGACCCGAACAGCACGCGAGAGGAUCAGGCCGCGCGUAAUUGAACUUCAUACCGGUCGUGAUUUCCCACUCCUCCUUUUGCAGUCGUUGAAGACUUUAUGUAUAUUCUCUUGACUUACAUCCUUAGCACGAAUGCAUCGUCUAUGCACCCUGCGCUUACUAGCGACUUUGACAGUGACUCCCGCUACUUUGGCAACACUCUCAGACCUGCUGUAAAUGAGCGAAUGAGUUUUGUAAGAGGCUGCUUGAGCCGGAAGGAUGCUGCGCGAGGAAGCGCUCGGGGGAGGCCUUGCAGCAGCGCUGUGGGCAAGCCUGUCCAAUACUACUAAUUCCUCGGGACAGCACCACGACGCCACCGGCGCGGCUGCCGCGGCCUACUAUGUCCUCGUGGGCAUCCUGCCGCUACUCGUGGCGUUUGGGAUGGUGGCAGGCCUGGCGCAGGCGGAGCUGGGGGGCCGGCUCGCCCCCGGCCCCCGGCGGGUGGCCGCGGCUGCCCCCCUGGUCGCGCAACUCCUGACUGCCGGGCUGCUGGCGCUAAUCCCGCACCAGACCCAUCAACACCAUCACAGCCACCACCACCUUCACGAGUGGCAGGCACCGCCGCACAUGGGCCGACACGGCGGCGGCGGCGCCAGCGUCUGGUCGGGCGGCCUGGCGGGACGGGGAGGAGGCAUCGGAGGCGGCAGCAGCGGCGGCGGCGGAGGUCAGGGGGAGCUGUGGGGAAGCUGGCUGUUGCCGCCGCUGGUGUCAGCGGCGCUCACCCUGGCCAACCAGGACCCGCCUGCUGCCACAGCCGUCCAGGCCUCACUGCACUACACACUGGCCCUGGUGGGCGUCGCCGUCGGCUGCGCACACCGUGCAGCGCAGCUGCUGCUGCUACUGCCGGCGCCGGCGGCUGCGCCGCCGCCGCUGGCGGCGGCAGCGGCACUACAGCCGCUCCGCCCGCUGGCGGUGGCGGCGAUGCCGGCAACUGUGUUGCCGGCAGGGGCGUUGUCAGGGGCAGGCGCUGCGGGCUCGGGCGCGGCGGCGGCGGCGGCGGCGGAGCACGCGAGUUUAGACGGUCUGUUGGCGGGGCUGCUGCGGAGAGGCGUGAGCCCCGUGCUGGGGUUGCUGUUGGGCCCUGCGGCCAUGGCGGACGCAGAGCGGCGGCUGGGCAGCUGCGCCCUCGGGCCCGGAGCUGCCCGGGCAGCUUUGGCGGGGAGCCGCGGCAGUGGCGGCGCCAGUGACGUCCAGGGCAGCAUGGCGGCGGCGGCAGCGGCGGCGGCGGCGCUGUUGGAGGAGGGCGAGAACGAGCGCUGGCGAGAACUGGCGGCGUUGGGUGUGCUGCUGCUGCAGCGCAUGCUGGUGCUCGCGGCGCUGUACGGCACGGUGGCGGCGGCGGCGCCGCUACUGGCGGCCUGGCGGCGCCGCCGCGCCCGCAGCGCGCAGCGGCGGCUGCUCGCGCAGUCCGCGGACGUGGGCGCCGCGGCGGCGGCGCUGGAGGCCGCCGUGGCGGCCGCGGCGGCUGCCGCCGCCGCCGCCGGCGGGGCGGCGGUGGCUGACGCGCGGCCGCUGGCGGUUAUGCUGCAGCACCAGCAGCGGCUGCUGCUGACGGAUGCGGCGCUGGCGGAGGGCGACGGCAGCUGGCGGCUGGCGGCGGGCUGGGCGGAGCGGUGGCAAGUGGUGCUGUCCCGCGGGGCGGACGCCGUCCUGAUGCUGCAUGCGCUACUCAACGCCAACUCCUGCGGCUCGCCGCUGCUGACGGCGGCUACAGCCGCGAUGGCGGCUACUGCUGCCGCCGCCGCAGGAGGCGGCGCUGGCGGCGCCGCAGGCGGCGCCACAGGCGGCGCCGCAGGCGGUGCAGCUGCUACUGCUGCUGGCGGUGGCCCAGGCGAGGCGGCGGCAGUAGCGGCUGGGCACAGGGCUGGGGCUGGGCUGGGGGGCCUGGCGCCCGCCGGCGGUGGUGCGGCCGGCGUGGGGCCUGUGGGCUCGGUGGUGGGUGCGCUGCUGCCGCUGCUGCGGUGCCUGGGUGCGCUGCUGCUGACGUCGUGGGGCGUGUCCGCACUCGCCCUCAACACGCUGUGGCUGCUGUGGCCGUCGGGGGCCGAGAGGCCCUCGCACGUCCAGCUCAUCAACAGCGCCGCGGCCUGGCUGGCAGCAUUCGCUCGCGCCGCCGUGCUGGUGCUCCUGGCGCCGUCCGGCCAGGCAUCGCCUGCCUUCUCCGCCUCCUCUUCCUUUCACCCGUCUCAGCACUACCCUUCCGGUGCUGCCGCUGCUGCGGCGUCAGCCCCACAACUAAGAAGCGGCGUGCACCCGGGACCACAAGGCGAGGCGGCGGUGGGCCUGGCGGCGGCGCUGCUGGCAAACCUGCUGGCGAGCUCGCUGUCGAGGCGGGCCUUCGGCCUCCAGUCCGCCGCCGCUGUCGCGCUGUCGGCGGCUCUUCACCGGCACCUGGAGCCGCAGCUGCCGACGGCGGCUCUGGCGGCUGUGUACAGCUGCGUGUGGCUGGUGGCGGUGGCGCUGUGGCGGGCCCUGGCGGGCGCCGCCGCCUCGGCCCGGCGGCGCGCCUGGCGGCGCCGCCAGGUGGCGGAGGUGGAAGCCGGGCGCGCGGCGGCGGCGGCGGCCGCCGCCGCCGCCGCUGCCGCGGCGUCGAGCUACAGCGCCGGCGCGCGGCUGACGCCGCUGCAGCUACAGCUCCAUGAGCUGCACAUGCGGGGUGAGCUGGGCGGCGGCGCGGCGGCGGCGGCGGCGGCGGCGGCGCAGCCUACAGGAAUGGCGACGCCGGUCGGCGUCGCGGGUAGGGCGGCUGCGCUCAUCUCGGACGUCGACAGCGUCACGCCGCCGGCGCUGAACACCGGCACCUCCGCCGGCUCCGCGGCGCCCUCUGUCGUCGGCGCGGCGGCGGCGCCCGGCAGCACUCUGGCCCCCGCCGCCGCCGCCUCCACGGCGGGCCGCGCGCCGUCCGCGCGGCACGCCGCGCACGCCUCGCGCCCCACCUCCUUCGAGGUGCCCAGCUUCGCGUCAGCUCCCGACUCCACCCUGCUCAGCAAGUACCUAGGCAUGCCCACGCCGCCGCUGCGGCAGCUGGCCGCGUCAGCCACCUCGCUGCCCGGAACGGCGCCGCGCGCCGGAGCGGCGGCGGCGCCGCCACCGGCGCCGCCAGUGGUGCUCGACAGCGGGAGCCUGGCGGCGCUGUUUGGUCCGGACGCCUCCGUCAGCGGCGUGCGGCGGCUGCCACCCAUGGUGUUGGCGCAGGCGCUGGCGAGCAGCUACAGCAGCCUGGAGAGCCACGCAUCCUCGCGACAGCGGCUGCUACAGCCGUCGGCGGCAGCGGCAGCGGCGGCGGCGCUGCUGGUGCAGCCGCACCCAGACCAGCCGCACGUGAGCGGCGGCGGCGCUGCUUCCGGCGGCGGACCUGCGUCCGCGGAUGCGGCUACCGCCGCCUCCUCGGCGGCGGCUGCAGAGGUGGCAUCUACGCUCGUGGAGCAGAUGCAGCCGUCGCAGCCGCCGCCGCCACCGGCAGCGCCGUCGGCUCAGGAGUCUCUCUCUCACCGGCUGGCCCGCAGCUCGCCAGCGGCCACGCGGCUCAGCUCGCCGUCCGCGUCGGCGUCGGGUUCGGCGCCGGGGUCGCGGCCUGGCGCGCUGACGGCGGCUGGGACGGCGAUGGCGACGGCGGCGGCGGCCGCGAGCCAACAGCAACAGCCGCAAAAGAUGCAGCACCAGUUGCAGAACCAGAUGCAAAUGCAGCACGCGGGCCUGCGCGGAGCUGUCUUCGUCACGCACGACGGCCGGCGCUACUCGCGGCCGGCGUCGGGGCCGCCGCUGCCGCACCACAGCGAGGAGGUGGAGGAUGAAUUGGACGAGCCGCCGCCGCAGCAGCGGGCGUCGGCUAGCAGCCGCGGCGCGUCGGCGGCGACGGCGGCGUCGGGAUCCGCGUCAGCAUCAGCAUCCGGCGCCGCACCGCGGCAGCGGUCGCGCGUGAUCCAGCCGCCGCCAAAGGGCCGCGCGUCGCUAGACAUGGAGCUGGCAGACGAUGUGGCGGCGGCGGCGGCGACGGCGGCAGCGGCGGUGGCGGCGGCAGUGGCGACCGGCGGCGCCGGGCCGAGCCCGUCGACGGGUGGCUUGCCUGCAGGCAUCCAGUCGCGGCGCUCGCAGUCUGAGCGGCCGUCGUUGGAUCUAGGGAAUACGCCCGAGAGCGAGUCGUACGCCGCCGGCGCCUCCACUGCCGCGCGUGCCCGGGCGGCGGCCGCCGGCCGCCAGGCCGCGGGUAUGCUGCUGACGGCGGCGCCGGUGAAUGCUGGGGGCGGUAGCGCCGCCGCCGCCGGCAUUGCCGGCGGCGCCGCCGGCAGCGAUCCAGGGGGUGGCGGCGCCGGCCCGCGGCUGUUGGACGGUGUUGCGACGGCGCCGCCGGGCCCUGGCAGCGCGAUGCGGCGCGCGUCGUCGGAACGGCCAAUGAGCACCGUGGCGCAGCUGACGGCGCCGGCGGCACACGCGCCCGGCGGCGGCGGCGGCGGCGGCAACGCCCGGCAGCAGGGCGAUAGCAAGCGGCUGCCAACGGUUCUAUCGCCGACAUCGCCAGCGGCGGCGGCGGCGGCGGCGGCGGCGGCGGGAUCGGCGGCGGCAGCCGGAAACGCAACAAGCGGGCAUUCCGUGUGGACGCCGCCCAACGACCUUCGCCCAGCGGCGCAGAGCACCCCGGACACUCCUGCCUCGUACGCCCAGGGCGCUGUGUCUGCCGCCGCCAGCUACCAUGCCGGCAACAACCCAAUGCCGGCGGCAGCGGGCGCGGCGGCGGCGCGGGGCUGGAUAGGUGGCCCUGCCGGCGACGCCGCCGCUGCCUCCGCCGCGGCGCUGGCGAAGCUGUACAGCAUAACGCAGCGCUCCGCGAAUCUGGCGUCGGGCUCAGGGCCACGUGCGCGUACGGCGUACGGCGCCGCCGCCGCCGGCCCGCCGCCGCCGCCGCCGCCCGCCGCUUCGCGGCAGUACAGCCUAGCGGCGUCCGCCACAGGCCAGGGACUGUUCGACACUGGCGGCGCCGGCGGCGGCGGCGGCUCUGUGGCAGGCCUGUGGACACAGACCAGCGGCGGCGAUGCGGCAUCCGCCGCUGCAGCCGCCAUGGCUGGCGGCGCCGGCGGGACUGGGCCGCUGCCGGCGGCGAUGCCGGACGCAUCGGUGCUUUCCUCAACCAUCUUGGAUGCAGACAUAUAUGACCGCUUGCUUUCCUCCGCCUCGUCGCCGUUCCUGCUUAACCCCGGCAACGCAGCCGCGCGGGCCGCGCACCAGCAGCAGCAACAGCAGCAGCAGCAGCAACAGCAGCAGCAACAGCAGCAGCAACAACACAUGGCGGCGGCGGCCGCGUAUCAGGCGCAGCAGCAGGAGGCGCAGCAGCUCAGCUACCGGCGCAACUCGUCCGGUCUGUCGGAGGCGAGCUGGACAAUCCCGAACCUGCCGGCCGGCACCGUCAUUUCGGGAGCCAGCGUCGCCACCGGCACGGCCAGCAGCGGCACGGGCGGCAUGGCUCUGGCUCAGAAGCUGCAGCUGCAGCAACAGCAGCACCACAUGGCCUCGAUCGCCGCCGCCAUUGCGCCCAGCAGUGCCGGCGGCGGCGGCACGACCCCUCCCAGCUACAACGACGCCGCCGGCGGCGGCGCCGCUGCUCGCCGCCGCUCCGUCGUCAACGCACGCAGCCUCGCCACCGGCUUGACCAGCAACCCUAGCGCGAGCACGGAGGCUGAGGAGCCGCCGACGGGAGUGGAGCAGGCCCAUGCGGCUGAUGGCGGCGGCGGCGGAGGCGGUGCGGGCAUGCGGGGCCCUGGUGUGUCUGACCGUCGUUCUCUGGGCCUGUCUUCGGGCCUUGUGCGCGAGGGCAGCAAGGCCAGCGGCGGCGCGCGGCAGGUGAUUGUGCUGUCUGACGGGAGACAGGUGUAUCAGUCGGAGACACUGGCUGCCGCCAGUACAUCGAGCGCCGGGCUGCCCAAGCUGCCGCCCGGCGCCAUCGUCAACGCCGCCGCCGCUGCCGCCAGCCCGAACGCCUACGCCGCGCCGUCGCACCUGGCGGCGGUUGCCACCGGCGCCGCAGGCGUCCGCACUGGCAGCAGCAUCACAGGCGCCUCCACUCACCGCUCGGCUAAAUCCAGCCGCCACAGCCUUGCCAGCGGCGGCGGCGGCGGCAUGGCAACGCCGCAUCUGCACUCCUGGUUCAGUGUCCGCACGCCCACCGGCGGCCUCGUCAGCCCCUUCAACCGAGCCGACGCGGACACAGCCCUCGCGGCGGCGGUGGCGGCUGCGCCGGGCAGCUCUGCCGGCGGGCUGCCGCCUACUGCAGUUGCCGUCGUUGCAGCUGCGGCUGCUGCUACCGCCGCUGCACGGAGGCCUCCUGCUGUGAUUGCUGCUGCUCUGGCUACUGCCACUGCCGGCGGUGCGGCAGCGGCAGCUAGCCCGCGCGUGGCUUCGUCCUCGCAGGAUCGGCUGUCGCAGCUUGCGCAGCAGCAACAACUGCAGUAUCAACAACAGAUGCAGCAGCAGCAACAGAUGCAGAUGCAACAGAUGUUGCUGUAUUCCCAGAGCGCCGCCUCCGAUGCCAACUGGCGGCUGCUCACAAGCAGCUACAGCCACUUGGGGUCGGGGCCCACCGCGCCCGGCCAGGCGCAGCCGCCGUCGCCGGCGGUGCAGCAGCAGCAGCAGCAGCAGCAGCAGCAGCACCACCACCACCACCACCAGACGGCGCCGAGCUCGGCUGUAGCAGCCUCGGCGACGACGGCGCAACUGAUGGGGUCCCUCAACGUCGCCGGCGGCGCCGCCACGCCCACCGGCGCCUCCGCCAGCGUCGGCACGCCCUUCUACCCGCCCGCGCUGGGCGGCGGGGGCGCAGCCCCCGCCGGCGGCGGCGGCACCGCCGGCGGCGCAGCCGCGAGCGGCGGCCUCAUGACCAGUGGCGGGAUGUUCUCGAGCCACUCGGGCCUGAGCGCCGCCACGUCAGCAUACGGCGCAAACACGCAGCGCAGCGGCGUGACGGGCGUCACCGCCACCAGCGGCCUCGGCACCAGCGGCAGCGUCGGCCGCCACGGCAGCUACGUCUCCGCCGCCGGCGGCAGCGGCCUCGGCCUCAGCAGCGGCGCCAGCUACGCCACCGCUGAGACCAACACCAGCGGCGGCGGCGCCGCCGGCGGCGGCGGCGGCGCCGCCGCCGGAGCUCCUGCCGCCGCCGCCGCCGCUGUUGUUGGUGUCACUGGGACACGGUACAACCGUGGAUCUCUGGAUCUCGCGCGACACCUGCACGACAACGGCUUGAUCCGGAUCGGCGAGGACGAAACCUUGACCGGAACUGGAACCGGAACCGGAACUGGCGGCUCCGGCGGGGACCCAUCCCACGACGUCGAUGCCGAUGCCAGCAGCGGCGCCGACCGUAACGGCGGCGCCGCCGCCGCCGGUGCCGCCGCCGACGGGUCGAGCGCCACCGGCCGGAGCGGCGGCAGCAGUAGCAACCGCGCUCUGGAGCGUUACAUCCAGGCGCAGACCCGGACGAGCGUCGGCAGUAGCGAGACGACUGCUACAGCCAGCCUGCCACUCACGGUAGCGACGGGCGAGCCGUCCGGCGUCGCUGCGCGAUUGGACCCCACCGGCAGGCGGCGCGGCGCAGUAGCUACGGGCGCCACGGCGGCGGCGGUGCAGAGCGGCCCCGACGGCGGCACGGAGGGCGAGCGGUGGAGUGCCGAGGACGGAAUGCAGUACUUCGGCAGCGGUGGGCACGUGUACGGUCCGCGUACUGCGGCGGCGUCGGCGGCGCUGGCGGCGGCGGGCUUCACGAUGCCGCACAGCGGCGCUGCCGGGGCCGAUGGCGGCGGCGGCGGCAGCGCUGGCGGCGGCGGCUCGCCGACCGCCGUCGUUCUCACGCCGCUGCCGCGCCUGCCAGAAAUCGGCGGCAGUGCCAAUGCUGCGGUUCCACCCGUCCGCCCGGCGCCGGGGCCUAGGCCGGCGGCGGCAGGCGGCGGCGGCGGCAGCAGCAGCAGCGGCGGCGGCGGCGGCAGCAUCAGUUUCGGCAGCGCCAUCGCUGCCAAGCUCCGGGCGUUUGGUGCGGGCUUCACCCGCACCGGUGGCCUGGGCAACAUUCGACACUCGCACCACUACAAGCAGCCCACAGCCGCAGCCGCAGCCGCAGCCGCUGCCGCUGCCGCGCCGGCGGCGAUCACGGUGGCAACGCGCACGCCAGCCGUCGCCAACCGCAGCGGCGGUUCCGCCACCACUGCCAGCGGCGGCGGCGGCGGCGCGCAAGCCGCCAUUGUCAGCGUGCAACUGGCGUCGGCGGACGCUUGGACGUCCUCCGAUUCAGCCGCCGCCGCUACCGCCGUCGCAGCCUCGUACGGGCUAGCAAGCCGCGGCGGCGGGCGGGCGAUGGGGCUGGAGAGCGCACCCGUGUCGGACGUCACGCUCCAAGGGAUGCUCACCUCCCACACCGUCGCCUCCUCCUCCGGCCCGCUUGCUCAUCUGCUUUCAGCCCCUACCAGUACCGGCACCAUCUCCACUUCCGCCGCUGGCGGCGGCGCCGCCACCGUUGUCGCUGCCAGCGGCGUGAUCAUUUCCGACCGCUUCGGCCGCCACGGCCACGGCGGCAGCAUUGGCAGCGCCGGCACCGCCGGCAGCGGCGCCGCUGCCGGCGGCACCGGCACCGGCGGCACCGGCACCGGCGGCGCCGGCAGCAUCGGCAGCGGGGCAACUUUCGCGGGCGGGGUCGAUGGCGGCCUGCCGACCGCCAGCGUUGGCAUCGUCCUUGGCGGCAUCGGCCGCGCCAACCUCGGCAGCGGCACCAGCGCCAGGAGCAGCUCGAACCACUCCCUCGUUUCCUUUGCGGACGUAACGCUAGGGGCGAUGCUGGGCGGCGGCGCCGCUGCGCCCGCCAGCAACGCCUCCGGCGCCGUCAACAUAACCGCUAACAACCUAACCGGCGGUAGUCACGCCGUGGGCAACCUCAGCGGUAACGUUGCCGGCUCCGCCGCGCAGCGCGCGCAGCGCGACGCUGCCGCCGCCGCGGGGCGCGGCGUCGGCCGCAGCGGCCGCGCCGGGGCCGCCGCUGGCGCCGGCGGCGCCGGCGGCUUGCUGCUCUCGCCUAGCGGCAGCACUGGCGUCAUGGACGGUGUGGAUCCGCUGCUGCCGCUUACCGCCACCCAUCGAUUCAUUGAGGCCCAGACGCUUGCGGCCAUGCCGGGUUCUGGAUCCAUCGGACGGUUGCGUGGUAAUGGCGGCGGCGGCAGCAUGCCUGGCGGCGCCGGCGCUGGCGGCGGCGGCGGCGGCGGCGGCGGCAAUGGCGCCAACCUCGGCCCCGGCGGCGGCGGCGGCGGCGGGGCCGACGUCAGCGCCCACGGCGCGAACAACAGUGGCCGCCUGGGUUGGAUGGCCGCCGGGGAGACAGGGGCGUACCGGCCCACUAUUCCUGAGCUGCUGGCAAGCACGGUAGCCGCGGCGACGGCAGGCGCCGCCGCCUCCGCUGCCGCGCAGGGCAGCAACGGUGGUGGCGGCGGCGGCGGCGGGACGACCCCCGGGUCUUCGGCUGCGCAGAUCCUCAUGUCUUCGACGGGAGCAGGCGGCAUUGGAGGCGGAGGCGGCGGGGUGCAGUCACAGCCGCAUCAUCAGGCGCUCGACAGCUUCAGUGCCGCCAAGCUGGCAAGCCUCAUGCUGAGUCAGCACUUCAACACUACUGGCGGCGGCGGCGGCGGCGGCUCAGGCCACCCAGCCCUGCCGGUGGUGCCGCCAGUGGUGACACAGUCAUCGGGAACGGGCUCAGGCUCGGCAGCGGCGGCCUCGUCUGCCCACGAGCAAGCGGGCUUGGUUGCACACGCUAGCAGCAGCAGUCGGGCGCUGUCCACCCACCAGGAGCUUGCCGGCGAGGCAGCAGCAGCUGCGGCGGUGGGCGCGGCGCCGUCGCCGCUGCCGCUGCAACCUGCCGUUGCCGCCGCCUCCCAGCAGCAGCAGCAGCAGCGGCACACUGGCGGCAACGGCCGCGCCGGCAAGUGGCUGGGAUCGCUGCUGCGACGUACGACUACAACUGGCGGCGGCGCCGGAAUCAGCGGCUCUGUAGAACCGCUGCACGUGCCACGCGCGGGGGCGGCGCCGGCGGUGGUUGUUGCAGGCAGCGGUGGCAGCGGCGGCGGUGGCGGCUCGCCCGGCGCUGCCUCGCAUCCCAGUACGUCGUUGAGUAGCGCCGCCCGCGACGCCCACGUCGGCUCAGCUGCAGGGCCCGGCAGCGGCCUCCAUGUGAUUGGAGGCGGUGGAGGUGGAGGUGGAGGUGGAGGUGGAGGUGGAGGUGGAGGUGGAGGUGGAGGGGCCGGCGGCUCCUCGCAGCUCCUGCACCGGCUUGACGACACGGCGAGGAUCUCGCCGGUGAAAGGCGUGAUGCGCAGCCUGAAGAAAAAGCUCAAGGGCGGCAUGCGUGGCGGCGGCGGCGGCAGCAGCAGCAGCAAGGGGGCGGCGCGGAGCUGAGAGGCGGGCCUGGGUGGACAUGGGCCGCCUAAGGCAGGGCGGUGGUGAAGCGUGACGUGUGCGAGAAGGGGAGCGCUGCCUGAGACAGUGCAGCAGAUAGAGUAUGGAAGGAAUGGCGUGUACACGUGACGAGGGUGGCGAGAUGCUUGCGUUUUGUGGCUCCGUCCCUGACACUUGACUUACCUAUGAGAGCAAGGCUGGAGAAUGGUUUAACCACUGCAUGUGCCGAGGGUUCUGACUAUGCGGGAACGUGUGGGUAGCUGCGUGCCUGUGCCACGUGUGUAGCCGUGUGUUUGUGCAGGCCUGCCUGCGCGGGUGGGGUGGCGCGUUGCUUACUCAUGGUUGGGCUGAGGAGCUGCUGAGAGACCCGGGGGCGACCGGCACUCGCGCACAGGUUUUGGAACCCGCUCUCACGCACAGAGACAGAAACGCGCCGGUCCGCGCUUUCCGUUGCGCCUGUGAGGGGCUGCCCACAGAAGGCCGAGGCACACGAGGGGCCCGGACUGGAGGCAGGUGCAGGGUGAUGUUAACGAUGAUAUGGGUCCAAAUGAGGCGCAUAUGUCUAUGCGCGUGAACGAAUGAAGCCUGGGGCCCGUGUGUGUUUAAGGUGCUGUGCAAGGGCCAUGUGAGUGCUCCAACAAGCCGCGUUGCUCAGCCGAGCCUCAGCGUGUUUGGAUCGCGCAAGGUGUUGUGCGCUUGGACCCGUGUGUCCCCGAUCAGCACGGAUCACGUUUGCGGCGUUAAUGCGAUUGCCCGCUAGUAGCAAACCAGCAAGGAAAGCGAACUGUACGCAAGAUGGAGCGCCAGGGCUAGGCGUGGAGCAGUGGGGUUGGCGGCUGGUGGUGUGGGCGGAACGGUCGUUCUACGCCGCACAAGUACGGAACACGCCCUGGGGCAUCUAGAGGUGACUUUUGCCGGCAGUCCUACCACAGGCGGUGUGCCAGAGACGCAGUAAUUGCGCAAGUGGAAAUCACGACCGGUAUGAAGUUCGAUUACGCGCGGCCUGAUCCUCUCGCAUGCUGUUCGGGUCAAAAUUGUAAUCGAGUUCUGCA